AUGGAUCUUGCAGGUCUUAGUGCAUCUAAGAGCUAUGGCACUCAAAAGUGUAUGAAGGACAACAUUAAAGAAGAUCUCAACAAGAGGUACUAUGAAUUCCAGUGCAACAUUACCAAACUAGCCAUUCAAAAUCCUGUUGGGGAUCAUUGUUACUUCAAUCAUAUGGGUCAAAGCCAAAGGGUCAGAGGGCCAUGGUCUUGGAACAAUUUUCAGCAGCAUGAUCCCAAGGCACGGAAGUUGUUCAAUGAAUUUGGUCUUGAUGCUGGUUGCCCAAAGACCUUGCAAGAAGUGGCGACCAAGUCUGGUGGAACUAAUGUACCCCACCCAAAAACUGUCCUCCAUGCCCCUCUGGCCGAUAGUCUGCCUAUUCAAUUACACGGAAGAGUUCAAGUGUCAAAGCGUUCCUUAGAGAAAAGUAGCACCUUGGUAUUGACUUGGGUGAAUAAGUUGCAAUUGGACCUGAAGGUUUUUUCUGUUGUUGUUGCCUCUCGACAUCCCAAGCGCACCAUUUAUCACAAAGGUGGCUCUCCGAUUAGUGAUCAAUUCUUACGAAUGCUGGCCCAGGACAAAGAUUCCGAUGCGGCCGCCGAAUUUCAUAACUGGACUGCUGCCCAAGCAAUUCAAAUCAGUAAAGGAUGUGGGGCAACUGCUCCACAGAGGACACGUAUCACAAAGUAAGGCUAAUUACAUCGUAGUUGUAGACAUUGUUACUCCCGGUGAGUGCAACAUAUAAGUAAUGGAUUUCGAUAUGUAGAUGAGCAAAUGUGGAAUCAUUUGGAUAAAUCAUUGGAACUAUGGCUAGCUUAGCGAAGAGAGAACUGUGAGGUCAUUACAACCCGCAUCUGAGCAUUCAGUGAGUCGAUGACUUGGAAAUUGAAAUCAGUGUAUCUAGUUGGGAAGGAUAAAGAGUGAAUGUUGGAAAAACGAGACCGUUUAAGUUUCAUUUCGUACGUGUAUGGGGCCUCGAAAAAAAUCAAAUUUCAAGACCCUUUAUUAUCUUGUAAGGGACUUGAAAAUAAAUGGAUGAGUGGAGGGGCAGAGCGAGGUUGGAUGAACUUGGGGGGAAUCAGGCGGGGAGAUGUUCCCCGACUUCCAGAACUUCCGCGUGUCGAUGAAGCAUCGUCAAAGUAACCCUUCAUGAGGAGCUUUCUCGCGCGGGCUCUGGGU